UGACAUAGUUUGUAUGGGAGCGCGACGAUAUCCACAGAACACAAACACCGGGAAUGGGUCCCCAAGUAAUGUGAACUGGGAUUGUUUUUGUUUUUUUUGAAGAACGGCGCAGAAAGCAUUGCCUUCGACAAACUGAGCAGUCGCAGAAUUUAAUGUUUCGUGUAGAAUGAAACGAGAAGUAGGUUAGCUUGCCGUCGUUCGUAUGAAAGUGGAUUGCCCUAAAGAAAAGACUAACACUAAGGCACAGAGGACGGGCAGUCGUUAUCAUCCCAGCCAAGCAAGUUCCAACCGAAGACACUAUUUACGGGAUUCCUCACUCUUAUACGUAUGCUUAUUAAAUGUGGAAGGGUGAGCUGCUUAUUGAUAUCAACUGGAGAGAUUUUCGUAUUUUUUCUGCGUUGGAUUGGUUUUGAACGAUAUUAGUUUUGCUUUUUUACGAGGCCAGCAGACUUAUUCACAGUGGGGAAUUUAUUUCGCAUAUUUUGAUCUUGCAAAAGUUGUUGCUGUGGAAAUAUUCAAGAAUAUUAACCAAGGUGGUUCGAAUCACGUCAGGAGCAACAUGAAGAAUGCAUUUGAAUUAGUUCUUCUGAUGUGGUUUUGGUGAUUUUAUUUCUUUCAGUUUUAUAGCUCAUUUUCGGACAACGUGUGGGAAUCUACCCACCUCGUUCUCCCGAAGACCCAGUUGCAUAUGUCUUCUGGGGAUACCCACAUUUUUUUCAUAAUCUGUUGCAGUUUUUCUCCUCUUCAGCCUGCUGACUUUUGAAUAAAUCAUCAAUGCAUCUUUUUGCGCAAGAAUGAUAGCGAACUGUAAACCAUAACACUACUUAACUGUAGGCUACUUUAUCAACAUUUGCUAUUUAUUUUCUGCAGCCUACUUCAGACGUGUUUUUAUUUUUGAGGAAUAUAUUUCCAUUUUAUUUUUUCCCAACGGCGAAUAAUGUAUGAGAGUGUGGACGUGGUGGGAUUGAAUCCCAGUCCUAACACGUUUCUAAUGAUGGAUUACUACAACCAGAGCAGAGGAUGUUUGAUCCAGGAGAAAGGACUUGUAUCUGGAACACCCCAUCCAUACAGCUCGUCCAUUAGAAACCAGCACUGGAACGGCUCAAAUCACUCCAUAGAAACGCAGAGCACCAGUUCGGAGGAGAUCGUCCCCAGCCCCCCCUCGCCUCCCCCGCCCCCUCGGGUCUACAAGCCUUGCUUUGUGUGCCAGGACAAGUCAUCGGGGUACCACUAUGGGGUCAGCGCCUGUGAGGGAUGCAAGGGCUUCUUCCGAAGAAGCAUCCAGAAGAACAUGGUGUACACCUGUCACCGGGAGAAGAACUGCAUCAUCAACAAGGUCACCCGCAAUCGCUGCCAGUACUGCCGGCUGCAGAAGUGCCUGGAAGUGGGGAUGUCCAAGGAGUCUGUGCGGAACGACCGCAACAAGAAGAAAAAGGAGGAGAAGAAGCAGGAGUGCACGGAGAGCCAUGUGAUUAGCCCCGCGACCGAGCAGAUGAUCGAGAGGGUCCGCAAGGCCCACCAGGAGACCUUCCCCUCGCUCUGCCAGCUGGGAAAAUACACUACAAACAACAGCUCAGACCAGCGGGUCGCACUUGACGUGGACCUCUGGGACAAGUUCAGCGAACUGUCCACCAAGUGCAUCAUCAAAACGGUGGAGUUCGCCAAGCAGCUGCCCGGCUUCACCACGCUCACCAUCGCUGACCAGAUCACCCUGCUGAAGGCCGCCUGUCUGGACAUCCUGAUUCUGCGGAUAUGCACACGCUACACGCCCGAGCAGGACACCAUGACCUUCUCGGAUGGCCUGACGCUCAACCGCACGCAGAUGCACAACGCCGGCUUCGGCCCGCUCACCGACCUGGUGUUCGCCUUCGCCAACCAGCUGCUCCCGCUGGAGAUGGACGACGCCGAGACCGGCCUGCUGAGCGCCAUCUGCCUGCUGUGCGGAGACCGGCAGGACCUGGAGCAGUCGGAGAAGGUGGACGUGCUGCAGGAGCCUCUGCUGGAGGCGCUCAAGCUCUACGUGAGGAACCGGCGGCCGCACAAACCACACAUGUUCCCCAAGAUGCUGAUGAAGAUCACAGACCUGCGGAGUAUCAGCGCCAAAGGAGCGGAGCGUGUCAUCACUCUGAAGAUGGAGAUCCCGGGCUCCAUGCCGCCACUCAUCCAGGAGAUGCUGGAGAACUCUGAGGGCAUGGAGAGCCAGGGCGGGGCGGCGGGGGCCACGUCGCGGUCCAGCGGGGCCCCGCCCGGGAGCUGCAGCCCCAGCCCAUCGCCCAGCUCCGCCCAAAGCAGCCCGGUGGCGCAAUCGCAGUCGCCGUAGCACCCGCCCGCCAUCUCCAGGAAGCCACCACUGUGUUCCCCGCACCCCCUCCCCCCCCCCCCACACUCACAGACACACUCCUGCAAAGGCCUCGAGUGAACCGGGUCUCUUCCAGGGUUUUACCUUCUGAAAAACUCUUCGUGGUAACACUGCUGAAUUUGUAGACUUUUCGACCCCCCCCCACCCCGCAAAGCUCAAGACUUGCAAAAGCAAAUGGUGUCGUCCCUGGCCAGAAUGCGGAAAGUGUUUACAUGGCAGGGAUGGGGGACGUACGGACAGCUGGACAGACUAACAGACACUGGACUGUUGUCGUUUUCUGCGGCUGCCUGCAUCCAGGACUGAACAAAAGACCGCUGACAAAUGGGUCUUUCCUCGUUUUGUUUUGGGUUUUCUGUUUUUUUUUUUGUUUUGUUUUUUCAACUUUAAAAGACAGAUUUUUUCUUACAGAAGAUAUAUAAAUAUAUAUUAAAAACUAAGGAAUGACUGAGAUUGAAUUGUCCGUGAUGGAGUGACUUUUGAUGGAAUGACAUUCGAUGGAACAUUUUUUGAAAAGUUUUCUCACUGUUUCCGAGAUUAGAUGCAAUUGUUUUUUUCUCCACUGUUUUAAUCUUUUCAUAACCCGUGAUAUUAACAGAGAAAUGUCCAGCCGGUAUUGUUUUAUUGGUGCAAAGGAAAGAGCGACAGUAAAGAUGUUUAAAAUACAAAUGUAAUUUACACAUGUGCACAGGAAACAAAUGGGAUAAAAUAUAUGAUUACACAAGCUGUUCCAGGUUGGGUUAACUUUUUCUUCUAGGAGGUAUUGACAAGAAAAUCAUCUAACUGGUUUGUAUGUAAAGGUCACAGGUUUUUGGUGAGAAAAAAAAACAAUGAAGAGUAUCUUUAUUAAGGUGUAUUUUAAGUAGCUUCAGAUCAUGUAUAUAUGCUGUAUUCAUUUCUUUAAACUAUGAAGAGUUUAGCCUUCACUUGAUUUUUUUUUUUAUACCUUUUUGUGUUUUGUUUUUAGUUUUUGUUUAAGAAAAAGUCAUUUUACUGCACAUUUUACUGAAGGAAUCGCAUUGAUGUACUGUUUAGGCCAUUUAGAUAAGGGAGAGACCUAUAGAAAUCACAUAGGGGACACCAUGACUGUUUACAGACAGCGAUAAUAAAUGAUUUUCACUUCACUCUGAAAUGUAAAAAAAGAUGGGGACGGACAGACAAACGGCAGUCACACAGGCGCGUGUCUGUCUGUCUUGUCGCAUGUCUCGGGAAGGAGGUAAGGUUUUGGGAGGGCUACGUCGCGUGUCGCUUCGAGAGUAGCACGGGGGUGGUUCCAGAGAGAGGGUGAGAAAUAAAAGCUGCACUCGCUCUACACAAACGUGGGCCCGAGUAGUCUUUCAGACGUCCGACUCCAUUUCCUUUGCCCGAGUGCAAAGAGCAGCCAUUUCACAGAGGAGGAAGGUUCCGAUCAUCCAGCGCAGCCUCUGCAGUUUGCGGUGAAGAUUCCUUGGGAUCCACAGAACGGCAGCAGAGAUGAAAGCAAGUUUGUGCCCCCAGACCCACCGAACCCACAGUACCUAGGUGACUGGCGCCGCCCACCUCAACCCCUGCCUCCAGGAUGUGACAUCACACAGAUCCCACACCUCCUCCUACUCUCAUAGGCUGCUCUCAGUGGGUACCUUUAUUACUUAGAGCUUAUUCUGCAUUUAUGCAACUGCCACCACACACACACACACCAAGCUGCCUCAGGAAAGAAUGGUUUUGUCCAGGCACUGCCUAGCAGGCAUCCUGGUCCCAGAGAAGUGAGUUUGGUCCUGACUACAUUCCUCCCCCUUCUGGUCAGAGUGCAACACUUGUCACUGACCCUCUGGAUAGGUUCAUCAAAUGAGGCUCUCAAAACAAUAUACUGCACAAGAAGGGAGUGCUUUGGACAGGAAGUGGUCAUCUAGACUUACGCGGAAAAUAAACGGAACGAACCCAGCGGUUGACCCAUCUGUACAAACUAUGAUUGUGUUUUCCUUUCUUUUGUUAAUUUUAUUUUUAUUUUUUAUUUGGGGGCGAUUCCUCAGCUGCUUUCAGAGGUCAGAACUUUGCUGCCUCCAGUUCAGCGCACAAUUCUCUCAUUUCUCUCACCUGGAAUAGACGCAUACACCUCCAGUUUGAAAGAUAUGAACUCUUGUUUCAAUUUUUUCUGAAUAUCGAGUGAUUUGAAAAAGAAAAUAAACCGACAUUUAAUAA